AUGUGGUGCGAUAACUGCUUGCUCGUUCUACCUUUGAGAGCCGGUGCGAUUGCUUGGGGCGUUGUGAUCUUCUUAUACAGCCUUGGCGGCGGUAUAUUCUUGCUUCAGUACGGCCAAUACUUGUUUUUCUUACGUCCUGAAUGGCAAAUAUACGGCGGUAUUGGUAUGGGGGUGAUGGGCGUCGCUGCUGUUUCGAUUGCUGCCCUCGCCACACGAUCAUAUACCUUUGCCCGUGCCAUGCAGUUUGUAUGGCCAUUCGUCAUCGUCGCUUGUGCAAUCCGCGCUAUACUUAUGAUUGUACAACUGAACCGCGGAAAAGACAAGAUCCAAUGGGAGUGUGACAAUGGUGGUGUCUUGUACUGGGAGUCGGCUGCUCACAACAUCUCCUCUUCUCCACCAAUGCCAUCAGGGUUAUGCAUCGUUGGUUUCCCUGCUAUCAACACGUCAUUUAUUGUGUCGCUACUGGCGGACCUAGGGUUCCAGCUGUACAUGUUCUUCCUAAUGUGGCGCUUCUGUGUAAGAAUGAUACACUAUUCCGGUAUGAAAGGACCAUUCGGAAACGGAUACUACGCCUAG